GUUUGUUGGUUCGUGAUAUGUUCAUUGCUUCACGAGGCUGAGCCUUAUUACCUGGACGCGAAACAUAGCGACAUUUGUUUGCUACACCCGAAAGCGUAGCGACUCUUACCGAUAUACAACAACCCAUACACAAAUCGCAAACAUGCGCACCUCAGCACUGCUCACCUUCGUCCUUGCGACAAUUGUAUCCGCCCACAGUGUAAUCACCUACCCGGGCUGGCGCGGGAACAACCUCAUCACCAAUGCGACCUUUCCCUAUGGCAUGCAAUGGAUAUAUCCAUGCGGUGGUCACAAUGUUACAACAAACCGUACAUACUGGCCCACGACAGGUGGUGCCGUCGCUUUCCAGCCUGGCUGGUUCCGCGGUCACGAGACAGCAUUCGCCUACAUCAACAUGGGCUUCGGCGACGACGGUCCUGACGGUGGUCCUGCGAACAUGACUCUCCCCAUGAUUCCCAUGUUCCAGAUUCUCGGUCCCACCAACAACCCCUUUCCCGGAACCAUCUGCCUCCCUCAGGUGCCUCUGCCAAAGAACACGACAGUAAAGGCCGGAGACACAGCGACAAUCCAAGUUGUUGAACUCGCCAUACAUGGCGCAGCUCUCUACUCUUGCGUCGAUAUCAUCUUUGCAGAUCCAGGUGACAAGAGACUCAAAGAGGUCAACGAGACCAACUGCUUCAACUCGACCGACAUCGGCUUCGCAGAUAUAUACACUAUCACGACCAAGGAAUCCGGGUCAGACGAAUACGCGAGCGAAUCCGGUGCCACCCCAGCUUUCCGUCAGCUGGGCUGGAUACCCCUGGUGGCAGCCGGCUUGUGGGCUUUUCUGCUAGCGUGAUGUAGUGAACAAAACGUAUAUCUGAAAGCAUAAUGAACGGCGUUUAUGGUGGGAAUUGGGAUAUCCCCUGGUUUUUUGUUUCUAUAAUUACUUCUGAUGAGCCCUGAAAUGGGCCAGAAUGUCUUGUUUUGGUGUUGGAGGAGCUCCUAUAUUGCUUCAUUCAUUUGAGACACUGCGUCAAUAACAAAUUUACGAUUGAUCAACUCCAA